AAAAUUUUUUUACAUAAUUAUUUUAAAAUUUUUUUUUAUGUAAAUUAAUAUAAAAUUUUAUAGUUUUUAUUUAAUAAAUACAUAAACGUAUUAAAAAAUUAUUAUAAUUAUGGUACUCUAGAAUUGCUAGUUUACUCAUGAUUCGACACUAAAAGUGUUAAGGUUUUUUUACUUACUUUUGUAAAAGUUGAAAAAAUUAGUUAGAAUUGCUAAAAUGUAGGAAUAUUUCGAUAAUUAGGCUUAUUAGUUUUAAUAAUUACAAAUAGAACAUAUUAACUAAGCAUUAUAAGCAUGUUGUAGAAACUCUAAAAUGUUGGUUAUUAUUGAUCUAUGAUGUUGUACAUUAGUAUUCUGAGAUUACAUGUGAGGUUUGUAUUCUGUUAUAUACAAGCUUGUGAUUAUAACGGUCCUAUUGCUAUCUCUGUUUAUUUCCAACGUACCUUUCUAGCUUUGGGAGAGGUAGAAAUGACCUUUCUUCCCUAGGGAAGAAAGGUCGCUCAUUUUCCUUGAUUUUAGGCCUGUGAUGAUCAAAACUGAGGCCUUGACCAAUAGUCAAAGACUAUUGGUUCUUACGAACAGUUCUUGACUGUUGGUCUUUGUUGACUUGGACUUGUUCUGGUUCCUCAACACUCCCCUUCAAGGUGGGUUCGAAUAAGUUGAUGGAACCCAUCUUGCUAAGGAGGUUUUGAUGAUUUGAUUUAUCUAGGGCCUUUGUAAAGAUAUCUGCUAGUUGCUCAUAGCUUCUGAUGAAUGGCAUUUCAAUUUCCCUAGACUGGACUUUUUCUCUUAUGAGUGGCAAUCUACUUCAAUAUGUUUGGUUCGUUCAUGAAAGACAGGAUUUGAUGCAAUGUGCAUGGCUGCUUGAUUAUCGCAGUACAUUUUCAUUGGGUUUUUGCAUCUUACUUUCAUGUCGGUAAGCACUUGUUUGAUCCAGAUGAGCUCGCUAGCUGUUAACGCCAUUGCUCUAUAUUCUGCUUCUGCACUCGAUCUUGCGGUUACGGUUUGCUUAUUACUUUUCCAAGCUACUAAGUUUCCUCCCAUGAAGAUGCAGAACCCAGAGGUUGAUUUUCUGUCACAGCUUCCAGCCCAAUCUGCAUCAGAGAAACCAACUAUAGUGUUAGCAUCAUUAUUAUUUUUCAUCCAUAUACCUUGACCUGGAGUGCCUUUGAGAUAUCUGAGGAUUCUGUCGAUGGCGUCCAAAUGACAGGUGCGCAGAGCAUGCAUAAACUGGCUUACCAUACUUACAGCAUAGGCAAUAUCGGGUCUAGUGACGGUUAGGUAUAUCAGUUUUCCUACUAGACGCUGAUAACUUCCUAUGUUGUCUAGAGGUUCCCCAUCUUCUAAAUUUAGUUUGGUUUUAGUCUCUAUUGGGGUAUUUGUAGGUUUUACUCCAAUUUUUUCUAUUUCUUUUAAUAGAUCAAGGACAUAUUUUCUUUGAAACAGAAAUAAGCCUUUAUGUGAUUUGACGAUUUCUACCCCCAGAAAGUAUGAUAGUUGACCUAAAUCUUUGAUAUCAAAUUCUCCUUUUAGAUUUAGCUUUACCUUUUCAAUUUCUUCAUUAUCAUUACCAGUUAUGAUAAUGUCAUUGACAUAAAAAAGAAUAACAAUAGUGGAUGUAUUACAAACAUAGACGAAUCUAAAGCACACUUAUGAAAAUUAAUUUUUAACAAGAAAUGACUUAGCUUGGCGUACCAUGCACUUAGGGAUUGCUUUAAUCCAUAGAUAGCCUUUUUUAACUUACGUACCAUAUUUUGAAAAAGACUUGUGAUCAGAGGGAAGAGUCAUAUAGACUUCUUCGUCUAGCGAUCCUUGGAGAAAGGCAUUUUUUACGUCCAUUUGGAACAAACUCGAAUUAAUAGCAACAGAUAACAAUAUGCGAACAGUACUCAUUUUUGCUAUAGGAGCAAAGAUUUCCUGAUAGUCUACCCCAUAGGUCUGAGUGAACCCUUUUGCAACUAACCUAGCCUUGUAUCGCUCAAUGGUGCCAUCGCAUUUAUACUUAAUCUUAUAUACCCAUUUACACCCCACAGGUUUUUUAUUUUGAAGCAAGGUGAUAAUGUCCCAUGUGUCAUUCUUUUCUAAAGCCUAAAGUUCUUCCUUCAAGGCUUUACACCAAUUGGGAUUAGUGUUAGCUUUAUAGAAGGAGGAUAGCUCAGUGUGAGUGGUGAGUUUUCCUAGGUAAGCCCUGUACUAUUUUGAUACUGAAGUAUAACUAAUGAAGUGUUGGAUUGGAUACGACACCUUAUGGGACACAUAGUCCCUUAGCCUGGUAGGGGGUCUGAUCAGUCGAGAUGACCUUCGUAGGGCAAUUGCUUCUCCUUGUGGCGUAGUCUCUCCCCUUGAAGAAAUUGCCUCGGUAGUGAGCUCUCCUGGUGGCACAGUUGCUCCCCCUGAAGGAGUUGCUUCAGUGAUAGUAUCAGAAAUGUGCUAUAGGUCAAAUGCAGUGUCUUCGAAUGUGUUGUCAAAAACGGAAGAGUUAUCCGGAAAUAAUAAAGUAGAGGAACCAUGAUUGGGAGGAGGAGUGAAGUAAGGGGAACAUUCAUCAAAUGACACAUCCCGAGAGAUAUAGGACUUGUGGCUGGAAGGGUUAUGGAAUGCUAAACAAUCAGGGAGUUCCUUUGAUAGAAACUGUAAAAUGUUGGUUAUUAUUGAUCUAUGAUGAUAUACAUUAGUAUUCUGAGAUUUCAUGUGAGGUUUGUAUUCUAUUAUAUACAAGCUUGUGAUUAUAGCGGUCCUAUUGCUAUCUUUGUUUAUUUUCAACGUUCCUUUCUAGCUUUGGGAGAGGUAGAAGUGACCUUUCUUCCCUCAUUUUCCCUGAUUUUAGGCCUCUGAUGAUCAGAACUGAGGCCUUGACCAACAGUCAAAGACUGUUGGUUCUUACUAACAGUUCUUGACUGUUGGUCCUUGCUAACUUGGACUUGUUCUGGUUCCUCAACACAUGUCUUUACACUAAUUAGUUGAAUCAUUCUAAUUGGAUCUUCUAAGAACAUUCACAUUGUUGAUUUGUAACUACGUAAAAUUGAAAUUAAAGAGAGAGGAUAGCAUUAGAGUGAGCAUUUUCAUUUCCUUCCAGUUCAGCAUGCAUAUCUUCUCUUUAACCAUCAAUAGGAGUGUAAAUUCUGUUCCUUUUUGUAUCAUUUGCUAAUGGUUCUCUUACUUGAGGAUCACUGGAGAUGUGACUUCAGAACUUCAAAUGUCACUGGAUGCUGCGAUCGAUCCCAUUGAUGUUGAAGUUGCAAAGCAAGCUCGACCAUUGUUGACUCCUGAUGCACCACUUGCGCCAGAAAUUCAGGAUUUUGGUGUGGUCAUAUCCAUGAAGAAGACGAAGCACCUCUCUCCGUUAUGCCUAGAUAUACAGAUCAUCUACCUUCUUGUUCGUUCUAAAAUAUAUCAAGAAAUGGUGAAAUCUCUGCAAGAUGCAUUGGCAUUGGUUGAUGAAUCAAUGGUAUCAUUGAAAAAAUCUCCAAGAAGAAAAAGAUGCUACUGUCAGAUCCUAUAUCAAAGGUGAGUUAGUGAUGUACCUUUUGUUCUUCUGCUAAACUUCGUCAAACAAACGAGGAGGAAAUCGAUGUCACGAAAAAGAUGGAAGCAGUCCUGCAAGAAUUGAAGGAUAAGGAAGAGGUGAUGAAAGACUUGAAGUUUCUUAAUCAAAAUCAUAUUAUCAGGGAGCGGAUGAACAAUGAUGAAUUGCAAGAUGCUCGGAAGGCGUUAAUAAGUGCAAGUAUCAAUGCCCGUGCCCUUAUUGGUGUCAAGAGAAUGGGGGAGCUUGAUAAUAGACCAUUCUUUGCUGCAGCCAAGAGAAGAUUUCCUGAUGAAGAAGCCAAUAUACAGCAGGAUUUGCUGAGCUAUGUGCUUAUCCGAUCAAAUAUGUUAGCAGACCACUCAAAAGAAAUUAACGAGUAUAACCCGAGUGGAAGGUAUAUAGUAGAUGAGAUUUGGAAUUUCAAAGAGAACAGAAAGGCAUCAAUGAAGGAGGGAGUGAAACACAUUUACUGGAGUAGCAGUGGAAGCAAACGAGAGGCAAAUUUUAGUUACAAAAAUGUACAGGAUCUUUUGCCAUGUGGGUUUAUUAAAAGAGUGGCAUAGAUGUUUUUUGGAGGCAUCAAUUUCACAAAGCAUUGGCAGGUGAUAGAAUGGUCCAUAAUUGAAGGCAUGUUUUGGGUGGUUUUGUUGAAAUGGGAAUUUAGAUGUCAAGUGUUUAUCAUAUAUAUGAAUUUGUCUUUUCUCU